AUGGACUGCGACCGAAAAAGGUUUAAGCUUCCUAUCGCUGUUCCCAAGGCGCUCUGUAAAAUGCUAGAACCAUCUUCAGUAAACCCCGACUUGAAAGGAUUCAACAUGCCCACAACUGAUCCUAAGACAUUCUGCAUAGAGCUGGAACUACCGUUAUUAGUUUGCGAAUCGAACGUAUUCAUCUUACUUGUAGCUGAUGUGAAGGCGUUCUGCAAAAUGUUGGAACCACCUUCACUGGACUCCGACUUUAAAGGAUUCGGUGUAUUAACAGCUGAUCCUAACGCAUUUUUAAUAUGGCCAGAACGAAUAUCAUUGGUUUGCGAAUUGAACUGA